UCAAGGAGAGCGCCUCGCGUAACGAAUUCUUCGACAAAAAAAAUAAAACCGAUUAUUAUUUUUUUAAGUGUUUACUGUGGAUUUAACAGUGUUUUAAAAAUAAAAACAAAGCAACAAGCAACCAAAAGACAUGCUGAAAUUCAUUCUUCCCUGUUUGAUCCUAGUGGCCGCCAGCGCAGCGCUCAAGAUCCACGAUUACCACCACCAUCACCAGGAGCAUGAUGAGUACGAACACCACCAUGAUGAACACCAUCAGGAGCCCGAGCACGAGGAAACGGAGCUGCACCACGAGGUGGACCACAAGCAUGCCACUUCGCAUCAGAGCGUCAAGUUCCAUCAUUACCAUGCCGUGCCCGUCUACAUUAAGAAGGAGGAUCAGCAUCUGGUGAAGAAGCCCAUCGAGAUUGGCGGCACCAAGCAGAAGCUGAAGAUCCUGCAUCCCAAGACCGAGCACAAUCACAACCACGGCCUGGUCCUGGAGAAUCACAGCGAAUCGCAUCUGCACGAGCACGGUCACUACGAGGAGCCGGUUCACCACGAGGAGCACUAUGAGCACUAUUCGCACCACCAUGAGUGAGGGUCUGGAUCGCCCCAGGAUCUGGAAUCUGACUGCCAAAUGAGUUUUCGUAGGGUUUUCGUUAGCGUCUAAGGUUUUCCACAACUUUAAUUUUAAUGUUUCUGCUGUUAAUAAAGCGUUCACCUAGAGUAU